CGUGGGAUAGAAGAGGCACACGGCUAUAAAACACACUGUCCAUGCAGCUUGUCAGAGACGGAGACAGAUCAUCCUUAUGCGUGUCUGCAAUAUAGUACGCCAACAGAUCAGAUAGUUUUGCAUUGGGCUAAAUAGAAUAGGUAUUAUUAUUUGUGUUUGUUAUUUUGUUUAAACAGAUUUUUUAUAUUAUAUUUCACUUCAGACUGGAACAGUGCAGGAUGAUAAUUGAAAUAACUCAAAUAUGUAGCCUUCUAGAAAAACACAUGUACAACCACAUCGGAAAUUUGUUGUAUCAUAAAAAAUAAACACUAAAAGGAAGCUACUGGAGACCCAGUCGAUCUUGGAGAUCACCUUCUAUUUGAUUUUCUCCUGCUAAAACAUGAAGACAUCUACCUUCCUCUUCGCUUUCCUGCUUGCUGUCUCCGGGGCCAUUCGCGUCACAAGAGAGACAACACCAGAGAGCUUGCUUGAAGAGACCACUCAAGAGGGUGACCAACUGGGGCUUGGCCAGGGGAGUGUCCAUGGACAGCCUGCGUUGGAGAAGAACAUUUCGGAGGUCCCUUUCAAGCCCAGCCCCCCACGUUUAUCCUACCCUCCCAUGUGUGUGAAGCCCACGGAGAUCAAGCACGCUUUCAAGUAUGUGAACACGGUGGUUUCCUGCCUUAUCUUUGUGGUGGGGAUCAUUGGGAACUCCACGCUCCUACGCAUCAUCUACAAGAACAAGUGUAUGCGCAAUGGACCCAACGUGCUCAUUGCCAGUCUGGCCCUUGGGGACCUGCUCUAUAUUCUCAUUGCCAUCCCUGUCAACAUCUUCAAGCUGUUGGCGGAGGAUUGGCCAUUUGGGGUCUAUAUCUGCAAACUGAUGCCCUUCAUCCAGAAAGCAUCGGUAGGAAUCACGGUCCUCAGCCUCUGUGCUCUCAGUAUUGACAGGUACCGGGCAGUGGUUUCGUGGAGCCGUGUUCAAGGAAUGGGGAUCCCGCUGUGGAAGGCAGUAGAGGUGACACUGAUCUGGGCAGCUGCAGUGCUCCUAGCCGUGCCAGAGGCCAUUGCCUUUGACAUGAUGGAGAUGCCCUACAGAGGCACCAAGCUGAGGGUCUGCCUCCUCCACCCCCAGCAACAAUCAGUGUUCAUGAUGUUCUACCGCGACGUGAAGGACUGGUGGCUCUUCGGGUUUUAUUUUUGCCUCCCGCUGGCCUGUACUGGGGUUUUUUACACACUCAUGUCCUGUGAGAUGUUGAACCGCAGAAUGGGGAUGCGCAUAGCUCUCAAUGACCACGUGAAACAGCGUCGCGAGGUGGCUAAGACAGUGUUCUGCCUGGUGGUGAUCUUUGCCCUGUGCUGGCUGCCUCUCCACCUCAGCCGGAUCCUGAAGAAAACCAUCUAUGAUGAGAAUGACCCCAACCGCUGUGAGCUGCUAAGCUUCCUGCUGGUAAUGGACUAUAUGGGAAUCAACAUGGCUUCGCUAAACUCAUGCAUCAAUCCUGUGGCGCUCUAUUUCGUGAGCCAGAAAUUUAAGAACUGUUUCCAGUCCUGCCUGUGCUGCUGGUGCAAGAGGCCUACCCGAAACAUCACCCCCACCGAUGAGAAGGGAUCAGGGGGGUGUUGGAAAGGCCACUGCCAUGAAAACGGCCUGGACAGGAGCAGCUCUCACUCCAGCCACAAGUACAGCACGUCAUAAUCAAGAGGGGCAGUUUGGAGCCUGCCAGCCACAGCACAACUCCUCCAACAGAUAGACUUCACUGGGGAGGGAAAUUUGUGGCACACGUUGCGUUGAAGCUCAUCUUGGGAAGCCUGAAUCCCAUUCUCAGAUAGGCUCCACCGUGGCAGCUGAUAGAAUCAACUUCGGCAAAAUCAUAAAUCAACAAAAAAACAGCCAACACAUUUCAUAUUGGAAAUCCAGUCAGGGGCAGCUCCUUCAAACAAGAACACAAACACCCACGGUCAGACUGACAAUACAGCUCCGGGUGAACCAAAGCCAUUGUGGAAAUGAGAAUGGACACAUGUAAAUUCUGUCUCUCUCAAAGGGAGGUAGAUGCUAGGGUAGGGCCACCAUGCAAGGUGUUCAAAUUGUAGAGGAUGUGACACUUUCUCCAUGCUUGUGUCGGAGGAAAUCUUUAGUCAGCAGUCAUUCGUGCAGUCUUGCAUACGGAAUCUUUCGCUAUUAUCCCUUCUUGUUCAUCAUGUGACAAGACGGAUAUUUUAUAUACCACAGACUACAUGUUAGGGAUUCCAUUUGAAUAACAAAUUAGUCGGGCAAGAAAAGGACUUUUGCUACAUAUUGCAGAUAUUCCAAAUUUUUUGGUCCAACCACCGAAUGGUUUGUAUAUAGGGAGGGAGAGGGGUUACACCUAACAUAUUGUUUUUAUCAGUUUAUAGUAUGAAUUAUACCGACAAGUUCCUUGUUGUGUUUGCCUCUCGUCUAUCACCCAUUUUAUAGGAAUUUCUUCUGAGAUCCCUGUUCAUUGUGCAGAGGGGUUAGUAUUCUAAAAAGACUGUUAGGAUUUGAGAAAAAAAAGCCGACUGAAAGGAAAGGGGUGUGUGAUGGGUUAAGUAAAUGGGCUGGUCUUUAAUUAAUCAGCUAUGAUGUUUCAAUCCGGGCCAGGAUGACAUCUUGAUUGGUGCAGCCCUCCUUCGUCGUGUUGACAUGUAAGAGGAAAUAAGCACAUCAAAAGUGAAUGCAGAAUAUAUCAAAGACUGUAUUUAAAACAAAUCUAUAUAUUUGUACAUGCUAAUUGAGAUGCAUUUAAAAAAGCACAUUUAUACAAUGCAUGCAAGUAUACAUUUUAUUAGAUCAACCAUGUUAUUUUUUAGUGACAUCCUUAUUAUGUAAUGUUUUGAAGUGUAGGGAAAGUCAUAAUGGAUCAAGCCUUGACAGGAGGAAUUACAUUUUUCAAUCACAAUUCUUCCCAAUCUGAUGAAUUACCAAAUUCCUGCUUCCUCUUUCUGAGGGAUGAAGUGGGUGAUGAAGCCCAACUCUCUUCUUAACUUUAACAAAUCUAACAUGCAACUUUGAAAGCAUGCAGUAAGUCACCCUGUUGUCCAUAAUAUGAUGCCUCCAAGUUUAAUUGCUCUACCGUGUACUAAAUUUACUUCAAUCUGUAAAUCGAGGUUGGUGGAUUGAUUUGAGAAGGGAGCGUAAGCUCAAACAGACUUGUUGUUUUUACACACACACACAGACAUAUAUAUAUAUAUAUAUAUAUAUAACUAAAAAUUUCUUAAGGAUUUUGUAUGUAUAUCUGAGAUUUGUCUGAAUUCUGGUGUUAAAUGCUGGGAAUACAUUCAACAUGCCGGAAUAACAAAAUACCAGAAUAAUAACUAUGUUUAAACAUAAAAUACCACUUGUGUGUAUCUGUGUGUAUCAAUGUUUAUAUACAGUUGUGUGUUUCUUGCCUUGAGAGGCAUACAUGGGUUGUUUUUUCUUAUUAAAAGCUUAUAUAUGUA